CGUACAACUUAUACAGGUAUGGCGGAAAUAAGUCGCCCUAAAAGUGGAGGACGUCGGGAUCGCAAAAACAAAGACUCAGACAAGAGUUCUUCCCCUGGCGAGACAAACAUUAAUAUCUACCAUACUGAGCAACAUGGCAGCAAUAACACUGUUAUAAUGCACUCCACAGCUUCAAAAGAGGAUAAAGAUGACCCGUCUUUUCGGAAUGAAACAGUAAUUGGCAUGGUAAAUACUAUCCUCAAUCCAUCUAAUUCCUCAAGGCCAUCCAUUAUGUCCUUUCAAGAAUUUAAGGAAAAAUUCAGAAAAGAAUACAAAGAGGAGUUUGAAAAAGUUUCUGGUGUUUCUGUAUCACGAUUUGUCGACAGAAACUGUCAAUUCUUUGAAACAGUUCAAGACAAAAAACUCAGAAUGAUGAUAAAGCAAAUUCGGAGAAAAACUCCAAAGAAGAAAAAGAAAACAAAAAGAGGGGAUCUGCAAUUGGAACCAAUAUCCAUAACGACUGGGGAUUUAUCUGAAGCUGAAUAUAUGACUGCAGAAUCAGAACAGUGCUCCGAAGAGUCUUCCGAAGAGAGUUCACCACGUGAAACUUAUUUAGAAUCAUGCAAGGACAGGAUAGGCCAAAUGAUAAGCGACACGUCUGAUAGCGAUGAUAAUGCAAAAACAGUAAAAGAAUCUGAUCCAAUGUUUACAGAGUGGAAGCAAGUAUGCAGAAAUCAAAGUCGUGUCCCACCUUCCUCCCCAGAAAUUCAAUCUGUGCUACAACGACAGUUUUAUAGAGCAAUGUCAGAAGAAGAAAAAAGAGAUUUGACAACGAGACUUUUACAAAAAAAGGAUUCCCAUGAUCUUAUUUUGAAACAAUCUGUUAAAGAAUAUUUAAGUCAUCCUUGUAAACUGGUUUUAGAUCUUGUCAGUUUAUGGAACACUACGGCACGUACAACUUCAUAUAUUGUUAUAAGACUUGACCAAAAUAUGAAUAUGUCUUUAAUUUCGGACAUUCUAAAAUUAGAUUUUUUCACAUCUUUACCCCAAUACCAAUAUUUUGAAGUUGAAGUUAUGAAGAGUCCUUAUGCGGUAUUUGAAAUUCCAUCAAGUCACGGAGCAGGCCAACCAGUUAUAACAAAGACCGAAAUGAGACAUUCUGAAAUUUCGUCAGUCUGUUGGGAGCGUGAUCAGUUAUGGAUUAGGAAAUCAACAUCCCAGUCUGCCCUUUCCUUAUCGGAUCCCUUACUUGCUAUGGUAUAUCAAUGGUUCGCUGGCGCUCAAGAUUCAAUUCCUCAAACAAAACCGAAAUCAAGUAAAGUACCUCAUGAAAGAAGUGUAUCUUUAAGUCCUGGUCCUACAGAAAACAGAGAGGCCAACACUGACAAAAGAAAGAGCUCGCUGGAGAGUUUUCGAAUUGCUGUAAAAGGAUUUGUCAAAGGACAAUAUAUUCUCAUCGUUGGAAAUAUGCCAAAAGGAAUGCAAAAUAUGGAGGCAAUAUCAACAGUCCCUUGGAUUUAUGUAUUUGAUUUUGAUGCCACAAGCAGAGAUUCAGGUCUUCUUUGUGUAAAUGAAAAUUUUAUAAAGAAAAGACGGUCUCUUCAUCUAACAAAUUGGCUUCAAACACCAGCAGGAAUAUCAGAAAAUGGAACAUCAUGGACAUUUUUGCGUGGUAGAAGAGACAAUCCUGAAAGUGUCUUUAAAAAUACUAAUGACUUGCGAGAAUGGCUCCAGAGAGUAAAGGGAAAUAUUGAUUUACACAUUGAGCACAUUCAAAGAUAUAUCGAAGAUUACACAGUCAUUACUAUAGUAAUGUUUUGGCCAUUAGAUGAGAGUUUAGCUCAACAUAUGCAUAAAUUUUUAAUACGGUUGGAUGAAGGGCUCGAUCCAAAGCCGAAGAUAAUUUUGUGCAUUCCCGGAAAACCAUUGACUGAUAUUGGCAAUUCCAUACUGACUUUGUUAAAAACCGAAAUGGGUGAGAACCUUGUCAUAAUAGACUGUGAUUUAAAACUUGUCUGUGGCUGUAUCAUUGACAUUACUAAAGACCACCAAAUUCAAACAAAUGUAAAAUAUACCUUACCAACCGCUGAUGAUUGUAGUGACCCUUCCAUUGAGGACAGUGGUGCAGCAUGGCUUAAAGAAGAACUUGAGAUUCUGUACCUUUCCAAUCCAUAUACAAAAUGCAAAAUAGAUGUGAAAGCUCUGGAAGAGGAGGGUGAUACAUUCUUCCGCGGAGGCACAUUACAUUGGUUUGCAUGGUACGAAGUUGGUGCCGGCCAUUUUGACGCACAGCGUGAUCUCAUGGCUGCUGUUAUGAAAGCUAUUAAGGUGUUUAUUGACGAAAACAGAUCAGGAGUAGUGACACUUUACCAUGCACCUGGUUCUGGAGGAACAACUUUGGCCCAGAGAAUACUGUGGGAAUUCCACACACAGAUUCCGUGUGCUCAUGUAAAGUUGAGAUCUGCAUUGCCAGUAGCAAAUCUUGUUGAGCGAAUCGAAAUGAUAUAUGCCAAAACACACAGACCCGUCUUAUUACUUCUUGAUGGCGAUGACGAAGUCAAAGUUAAGCAACUGAUUAGAAUUCUUAAAACCAACUACAGAUGUUACAUAAUUAUUCUUUAUGUAAAAAGAUACCCAUAUUCACAAAAGAAAGGUAACAAGCUUUUCCUGCAGGGAACUGUUUCUAAACAAGAAGCAAAGCGAUUGGCACUUAAAUUCAAAACUCAGUGUAAGGAGGACACAAAGAAACAAGAGCAGUUAAGCAAAUUUUGCGAGGACGUUGAAAAUGGUAAACAGCACCUCGUAUAUGAGUUUGGGCUUGCUGCUUACUUGCAUGAAUAUAAAGGUAUUAGCAAGUACGUAAAGGGGUAUUUGUGGCCAGCAAAGAAGAGUGACACAGAGGCAUUUUCUCUAGGGAGAAAACUCUUAUCCUACCUAUCCCUAGCAUAUUACUACGGUCAGACUGCUCUGCCUUUGCAGUUUUUCUAUGCAUUACUUCACAAACCCCCAAAUUACCUCAUUGAAAUGGAUGAUUUGCCCCAACCAGUCUCACAAUUUGUAGUCUUUGAUAAAAACGAAUGCAAAUCAAACAGUAUUCGAAUUUGUCACUAUCUAAUUGCGAAGGAAAUUUUGGAACAGGUUCUUGGUAAUGGAUCUGAGGAAAGAAACACACAGCUUUGUCUGACAGCAAGACAGAACCUUGCUUAUUUUUGCGAAGAGUUUAUCGAAUAUGCAAGCAGGAAGGGGGUAAAAUCGGGAAACAUUGUUUAUUUUCUAACAAGAAUUUUCAUUUUCCGUGACAAUAAGGAUAUGGGUGAGAAUGCUGAACAAAUACGGAAGAAGCCUGUACUUUCUAGACUUAUGUUGGAUAUUUGUUCCAAAGGUCCAUUUUUUACCGAACGCUUGAACGUUCUCAAAAAAUUAACAGAAGCUUUUCCCAAUGACCAAAACUUCCAUGCACAUUUGGGACGUUUUUAUGCGUAUUGUCGACCAAAUGAAGACGACAAAGCUGAAAAAUGUCUUCAGAGGGCUACGGAGAUCUGUGAAAGACAAAUUGGAAAUAAAACAAAAGGAGACCUGGAUGAAAGGCUAUUGCAUUCAUUGAUGCAUGUAUAUCACAUCUAUGGAACAGUACUGCAGAAGAGGAUUGCUAGAUACACUGGACAAUCACCAACCGAUGAACCAGACAUCGAAACAACGGAAGAGAUAUUUGAUGAGAGGUUGCAAGAACUUAUUCAACUUGCUAAGUUGUCUUGUGAAUACUUUAAAAAGUGUAGGGACUUCACCCCAGAUGGUCACGAAUCAUGUUAUGGCUUUGUGGGUGAGAUAACAGUUCGUCUACAAAUAUGUGACUUUAUUGAGAGGAAUUUUAAAGAACUCGAUGAGUCGUCAGGAAUAAAGGCUUACCUCUCUUACAGCGACGAAAAACAUUCCACUGGGAGGAAAUUUGUUAAGAAAAGUGUUUAUUGCAUAGACAAUUUACUCAUGGAAUGUUUCUAUACUUUAGAAGAUGAUGAUAUUGACCAUUCAGUGCAGAAAGUUAUAUUUUGGUAUAACCAUCUUUUCAGUAAACAUGCUGUUGAUUUAGAAGAACUAGCAGAGGGCGACGACAUUCAUGCAUACAGACUUCAGAUUGCUGCAAAGAAACUCAAGUACAGUUCAAGCGAAACAAACUUAAUGAUGCUUGAAAAAAUUGACAGAGAAGAAGACAUCACUGCAAUAGUUCAUUUGUACGAAAAUAUCUUCAGAGAAACCAUUUCAAUUGAAAGCAAACCAGCGCUAGAUAGAGACUACACAGAAUGGAUCUUUGCCAUCAGACACAGGCUUUUUAAUGAAGUCUACUCUAUUGAAACAGUGUUACAACAUGUUCGCAGGUGGCAUGAAUUACUACAUUCUCCCAUGUCAAAAUUCUACCUAUUUAUUUUAACAAGUCUUCUCGGGUUUGGAAAGAACAACACAAAUGGAAGCAGUGAGUCUUUAUCCGAAGCAAACAUUCUAAAGAAAGACAUGGAAAAAGUAAGCAGGUUUGUUUUGAAGCCAAAAUACCCCAGAGAAUGGCUAAGAAAAAAUGGAGAAGGGAUAAAAACACUGGAGCCAGGUAUGCGAUUCAUGGGAUAUGUCGUCUUGGAUGACCGCAAUCUCAAAGAAGAUAUAUAUCAAACACUCCGAAUUUGUAAAGGUACAAUCUGUGCGCCAAACAACAGAAAACUAGGAGGUUUCAUUUCACUGGAUCUUGGAAACAAUGUAGUUCCUGUUCGGGUAUUUUAUAUUCCGAACAAGGCAAACUUAGCUAGCACUGCUCACGCUGAGAAACGUGUCGAGUUUAUACUUGGAUUUAGUCUACAUAGUGGCUGGGAAGCUUUCAAUGUUCGACUUCUUGAAAAGUACCCUUGCCCAAAACUACACUGCAAUGCUCACAUAGAACUUACAAGUGCAGACGAUAAUGUUAAAUGCCCUAGUUGUCAAAAGAUUGUACAUAGAGAUGAAUUCCCAGAAGUUCUUUAAAAAGAGAGUGUGAUGUUAAUG